AUGAAGGAAAUUGCUGAACAUGCUGGAUUCAGAAGUGAAGUUAUACGUCGGGCUGCACCAACUGGCGUUGCAGCUUACCAGAACCUUAAAGCUCUGCAGGCCUAUCUUGAAGAAGUUGCAUACCUCAUUAUUGACGAAAAGUCCAUGGUAGGCCUCCGUGCUCUCUCGUUUCUAGAUCGGCGACUCCGCGAAAUCUUCCCCUCGCGUGCGAGUGAUCUUUUUGCGGGUAUGAACAUUGUUCUUAUCGGCGACUUCUAUCAGCUACCUCCUGUUGGCGAGCAUCCACUCUAUUCUACCACUCGCGUCAAGGACCCUGACAUUACACGCGCGCAAGAGUUAUACAAGACCUUUCGUCGGUGUCUUGACCAUCUACGCGUUGAUGCAGUUACGAUUGAUGCCUGGAGGCUCAUGCCAAGCCGCGUUCAAUCUCAAAUAUCUAACGCAUCUGACUUUGAUGAUGCUAUUCGCAUAUACGCUUGGAAGGAGAGUGUCAGGCAGCAUAACCAUACUAAGCUUCGAGACCUCAACGUACCUGUUGUGAAUAACUUAGCAGAGCACACAGGCCAUGCUCGUGCGGCGGACGUUAGCACUGAAGAGGCUGGCAAUCUCCAAGCUACAUUUGCUGCAGCGACCAAUGGCAAGAUUAUGUUGCUUAAGAAUCUCUGGAAAACGCAGGGGUUAGUUGAUGCGCAGCUCUAUCAUGGUAAUCAGCUUUGCACUCAGAUACAGUUUCCUCUCGUCUUAGACCACGCGAUUACAGUACACAAGAGCCAAGGUGUCUCACUUGAUCAGGCUGUGCUUAAUAUCAGUCUUCGGGAUUUUGCCCCUGGAUUAACCUACGUCGCUAUUUCAAGGAUGCGCCACGAGGAUGCUAUGCGGAGGCGUAGACAAGAAGUUUCUAUCCCAGUUCUUCAACAAGACAUCAGCAACAGCGAUGAUGACCUACCACUUGCCCCUCUGAGCGGCAACUUUUCUAUUCCUAUACGUCGGUCAUCACCUGUUCGCCCAGAUGGUUCUGGUCUUGCGUCAAGCUUCUUUAGCGAGACUUUUGGCGCAACGGAUAUUGGGUUAAGUGAAAUGCCAGUACCUCUUACCUAG